AUGUCAGAAUUUGGUCAUAUUGUUUUGACAUUAAGUAAUGUUUUAUUACCACCAGAAAAACUUUAUCCAAAUCCAACACCAUCAACAAUUGAAGGUUUACCAUGGGAUGUUGAAUAUGAUUUAAGAUUAAUUGGUUGUGAACUUAUACAAACAGCAUGUUUAUUAUUGAAAUUACCACAAACAGCUGUAGCAACUGGUCAAGUUUUAUUUCAUCGUUAUUUUUAUUCUUCAUCAUUUAUUCGUCGUCCAAUGGAAAUAGUUGCAAUGGCUUGUACAAAUCUUGCAGCUAAAAUUGAAGAAAAUGCUCGACGUAUUCGAGAUAUUAUUAAUGUAUUUCAUCAUAUAAAACAAGUUCGAUCUGGAAGUAUGAUUCAACCAUUAUUAAUUGAUCAAGGUUAUGUUGAUAAAAAAAAUGAAGUUAUUAAAGCUGAACGACGUUUAUUAAAAGAACUUGGCUUUUGUGUUUAUGUUAAACAUCCACAUAAGAUGAUUACAAUGUAUUUGAAAGUUCUUGAAAAAGAGCGUGAACAAGUUUUAGUACAAACUUCUUGGAUUUAA